AUGUGCGCCAUUACUGAAACGUGGCUUGGAAGUUCUAUUGACCGAGAAUGUUCAAGCGAGCUCGUGCCAACGGGGUACGCAAUGAAACAUGUUCCUCGAAGCGGACGGCGCGGUGGUGGUGUGGCAUUGGUAUACAAAACUCCCAUAAAAGUACGCAUUGAGUCAUCAACCAAGGAUAAUAUUUAUUCUCAGUUCGAACACAUGGAUUGCAAUGUUAUGAUUGGCUCACACUCAUUAUGUUUUGCUGUCAUAUACAGGCCGCCCGUUAGCAAAACAAACGGAUUACAAAGCAACAUCUUUCUUGAGCAAGAAUGGCCUAAAUUUCUCGCAAGGUAUGCAACAUCAGAAAAGCCAACUAUUAUUGUGGGCGAUGUGAACUUUCACCUUGAUGUAAAAGACAACACAAACACUACCAAAUUCGUUAGCUCUUUGAAUGCUUGUGGCAUGAAACAACACGUAGAAAAACCUACACACACUGCUGGGCACACGUUAGACGUACUUAUAACUCGAGAUAAUGAACGCUACGUCUCUAGUAUUGAAGUAAUUGACCCCUGCUUGUCGGAUUCGAAUGGUAGAGUUUUGAACGACCACUACGCAGUCAUGUUUUAUGCAUCAGCGUCUAGACCACCCCCAAUUCGCAAGACUGUGACUUACAGGAAGCUGCGUUCUAUUAACAUAGACAAUCUCCGAGAAGACAUUCGCAAUACAGACUUUUUCGGAAAUAAAAUUAUACCGUUAGAUAUUGACACAGCUGUUGAAGAGUACUCAAAUAUACUUAACGCUAUCAUAGAUAAACAUGCGCCAUUGAAAACAAAAACGAUCGUGCUCAGACCGUCAUGUCCAUGGUAUACAGAAAGCCUCCACGAUGCCAAGCAUCAGAAGCGGAAGUUGGAACGUAAGUGGCGUGACAGCAAACUGGCAGUUGACCAUCAGAUAUACCGCCAACACUGCUCGGAGGUUAAUAAACUGCUCAAGCAAUCUCGUAUUGACUAUUAUACAAGCCAAAUCACGCAAUGUGGCAAUGAUUAUAAAAAAUUAUUCAAGGUAACAAAUACUCUUCUUGGCAAAUCCAAUGAAGUAACCCUUCCAUCACAUUCAUCGCCAGAGCAGAUGGCACAGGAUUUUAGCGAUUUUUUUGUUAAUAAAAUUGAGAAAAUACGGGAUAGUAUCACCUCACAUCGACAAUCUGUAUCAAGUUCGGAUUACCCAGAAGACGUUCACUCUGGUACUAAGUGCGAAGUGUUCUCUAGUGUCACGGAGGAAGAAGUUAAGUCAAUUAUUCAGAAGUCAUCCAACAAGUCCUGCGAGUUGGACCCAAUACCAACCUGGCUAUUGAAAGACUGUCUCGGGGAACUCGCACCGAUGAUGACAAUGAUAAUCAACGCAUCUUUAGAUAGUGCUUAUGUACCAAAGGCGUUUAAACAGUCGAAUCAGACCUCUCCUCAAGAAGCCGACUUUAGAUGCAAAUGA